AUACACGCAGAACAAAUGAUUGGCACUGAGGACAUGUCCACAUCGACUGGCAUGGAUAUAAGUGAAUCCUUUCGUGCCGAGGAUCUCUCAAAGACGGAUUUCUUCGAUUUUGUCACAGCGCCGGAUAUGGGCAUUGGCAUUGGCGUUGGCGUCGAUGUGGGCGUUAGCCUGCAGCAACAACACCACCAGCACCAGCAGCAGCAGCAGCAGCAACAACAUCACAGUCACAGCCAUAGCCAAGGUCAUCUGCCAACGACAUCACAAACGCCACAGCAGGCGAUCUGCGGCGGCGGCGCGAGAACCACCAGCAGCAUGACACACGACAUUGGCGAGGGCGGCGGCGGUGGCGCUGGCAUUGUCCCAGUAAGCAAUCGUAAUGGCAGCAGCAGCAAUGGCGGCGAUCCCACGUUACAAGGCUACGAGUUUUGGCAUCAGGACAAGGAUAGCAGCCGCCUGGACUCGAGCUCGAUUUUCGAGGACCUCGAUCGCUACUGCUGGCAGCAGCAGCCGAUCACAGCCAGCGCCACGACCACUAUCAAUGCCAGCAACGUGCGCUGCAGUAACCAGCCAAGUCCCACAUCUCCGCAAUCGCAUCCACAUACACAUCCACAUCCACAUCAGCAACAGCAGCAGCACCAACAGCAACAGCAGCAGCAACAGCAACAGCAGCCAAAUGCGAGCAGCUCGUCGAGCGCUGCUGGCAGCAGCAGCGAUACCAUCAGCAGCCUGGACACAACUGACGGCCAGAUCUACACUUUGACAGUAUUAAAUGGCGGCGAGCCCUGGCUGAAGCGUGCCGAAGCGGAGCAACUGCCCAGCGCGCUGGACUUGGACAGCUUGCUGGGCAGUUUUCCGGGCUACAUCAAGUCGGAGUAUCCGUACGAUGAUAGCGGAUUCAGCACGGAUGGCAAGGAUGCGAUUGUCAAUGGAGCGGAUGCCAAUGGCCUCAGCAGUAUUUCCCAGUCCCAGUUGCAGGGACAGACACUACCCUCGCUGGUCACGGCCAUUUCCAUAGCAGGCGGCGGUGUCAACGAGCUGGGCCACCAGCUAGCCCAGUUCCAGAACAACAACAACGACUGGCACAUGGCCGAUCACAAUGCGGAGGCGGAACAAAACACGGCGGAGUCUCUGUUGCGCAGUGCACUGCAGGGCAAGGGCUACGCCAAGGGGCUGCACAUGCAAAACGGUCUGGCUCUGCCCGUGGUGAAGGACGAAGAGAUGCGUAGGCUACUCUUCACGCCAGACGAUGCUGCCGAUGCCUUGGGCUUUGCGGACUCCACGCUCGGCACGGCGCAAAUGUUCGACGAUGCCCAGGCGAUGGGUCAUGCAGGCGCUGGCGCGCACAUACCUGGAUCGAAUCACGGCCAGCAUAGCGGCAAUGCUAGCAGCAUCAUUGUCGACGAUAUGUUCCUGUCGCUGGAGAAUGCGUUCAGCGACGACUUCGAGAAGAUCAAGCGCAUAGCCAAUGAGGUGCAGCAGUUCUGCAGCGCCAGCCAGGGCGCCCCUACGCCCGGCGACUACGCCAGCAGCGACGUGCUUAUGCAGCUGUCGCCGAGCGGCGCAACAGCAAACACACCACCGCCCCCGCCCCCGCAGCCACUCAAGCCCGAGGUGUCCACAUCGACAGCAGCCGCUGCUGUGGGCACAACUAUGCAUGGCGGUCGCCUGGGUGGCAUCAGCAAGCCCAAGAAGCAGUACAAGCGCAACAACAGCAGCACCAACAACAACAACAAUCCAAAUGUGGCCAACAAUAAUAACAGCAACACCAACAACAACAACAGCAACAGCAACAAAAAUGUACUGGGCGUGGUCAUAGGCAACGGCGGCAGCUCCUCGUCGAGCGGCAGUGCCAGCAGCAGCAGCAACAGUCCGCCAGCUAACUGCAAUGCCAGCGGCAGCAACUCGGGCAGCAGCAACGGCGGCGGUGGCAGCCAGCGCAAGGAGCGCUCGCUGCACUACUGCUCCAUCUGCUCGAAGGGCUUCAAGGACAAGUACUCGGUGAAUGUGCACAUACGCACGCACACGGGCGAAAAGCCAUUUGCAUGCUCGCUGUGCGGCAAGAGCUUUCGGCAGAAGGCCCACCUGGCCAAGCACUAUCAGACCCACAUGACCCAAAAGAACAAUGGCAAUCUGAUCAAAGGCAGCUCCAGCAAGCAUCAGCGCGCGGUCUCCGCAGCUGGCAACGCGGGCGCAGCCAACAGUCUUGGCCAACAGCGACAGCUGAGCGCCGUGGCCACCGCGGUGGCCAGUCCCAGUUUAAUGAGUGCCGGCGUCGUGCUGAGCGGCCCAAAUACGCCGCCCGGCGUCUUACCGCCAGCUAAUGGUCUCUUGGCAAACAGGUAGUAGAGCCGACCUUGGCUAUAUACAUACACAUAUAUAUAGGCUAUGUUCCACAAAAAUAAAAACACAAACAGCAAACUAUUUCUUGUUCCUUACUAACAACAAAAUGAAUUAUAAAAAAACUAAGCUAACUAUUUGAAUACUCUUGGGAAAGUGUUGAAUGUCAUUGAUGAAUUCCUAUCUCAGCUUUCUGUGCAAUUCCUAUAUCACAAAUGCAUCAAGACACACUAAAUGCACUUUCAAAUAAAAUACUC